AUGCUAUACCAGACUGCUAUGAAGGCAUCUGCAUCAAUAUACACGUUAUUCGUCACUGCAGCUCUGUUCGCAGGAAUACUCAUUGUCCAUACAGAGCUAGAGUUAAUGGCAGGCCAUAACUCUUACCCAUGGCUCCAGCUAACCCAGCCACUGGAGGGAGGCGAGGGGUCAGAGAGUGACAUGUCUUUUACAACCUCUACAAUGAGCCCAGAACCUUUUACCGCACAACAUUCUAUGGCCUCUCUCGCCGACCUCGAAUUCGAACCAGGCUUCUCAACGCCCAUACCGCCAUUUCCAUCGCACGACGCGAGGGCACAUACACUCAGCUUCGCAGAAGAAUUCCACCUUACCAAGAAAGUGGAUAACGGCACAGAAACAACCAAACUUGAUGCCGAAACGCAACCCCAAUACUGUUCUCUUGAUAUGCUUUCGAAUAAUACGUUUUCAUUGAGGCAGCUGUCUGUUAAGGAAGCUGAUGGAUUCACGUCUUUCGAUGCAUCCGAGACCAACGGGUAUUACGAGCAAAACCCUGUUGAUCAAGUUGCAGAUUUCACAUUCUUGGAUGCUUCAGAGAACUGCGAGCAUUACGGGCGUGUGCAGGAUUCAACGGAAAGUCUAUUAAGUAGAAAGAUGUUCGGGCCUUCUUCCACUUCAAUGUCAAGAUGCGGCAAUGGCCACAAUUUCGAACCACUGGAGUCAAUUAUAGAAGAUCUACCGUCCUUUAGAGAGAAAUCAAUACCUCUUGACCUAAAUGAGACAUGUAUCGACGACGGAGAUGGGAGCCCUUGCCCCUCGAUGAUUGAGAGUGACGAUUCCAGUGUGGAGGACAUUGGAUUGAGAAAAGCCUUUGCUUGUCCUUACUUCCGGCUAGAUCCAGUACGUCACAUCGAAUGCUUGAGCCGUAGGCUCUAUCGCAUACAAGAUAUCAAGCAACAUCUAUCUCGGCGUCACUAUAUCAGACGAGACAAGAUGUCAAACGCUUCAGAUAAUAUCCAGGGCAUAAAUAUAAAAACGCAGAAAAUUCUGAAACUCCGCUCAGAUAGGAGACUGUCACCAGAAAGUCAAUGGCGCGAGAUCUGGAGAACUCUGUUUGAUCGGUCAUUACCAAGAGAGGGGCCCUAUCUUGGUAACUUGAAAGAAGAGAUAGUGGGAAGUGCGAUCACGAUAUGUAAGAAGGGAAGCAGUCGAGUUGUUCCGGGUAUAGUGAGAAGUCUGGGAUUACGGAAUGAUCAAGGUAAAGCCAUUCAACAAUUGAUGGAACAUUUAUUCAGCGGGUUUCAAGCAUUAUCGAAGGAAGAAUCAAAUGAUGUGGAAACAGAGGAUACUUCAACAUACAGUGGCGUUGAUUCGCUGCCUUUGACACCAAAAGGCAUGGACUUUGGCUUUGAUGUACCACUGCAUCGAUCACCCUCGCCACAGAUCCAAGCUUCCUACUCAACUGAAGACAUCAUGCAAAUAGAGCAAUUCAGUUCGGUAAUGCCGACCAGAUUGCCAGACGAUACCACCUUUGAGAGAAACAAUGAGAACGAUAUCUUGAUGGAGUAUCAACCUACGAAACACUUGAAGACAGAUGUUCAAGUGAAGCCUGUUUGGUCCCUGCAUACGGCACUGGGCACGCUCAAGACAGUCGAAAACUCCGAGACAGCUUGUUCCACCAGCAACAGCAAGCCCGACGGAAAGUCACUAAAUUGCUGGACCCCUGUUCUCGAUGAUAGGAAGGACGCCGAUAUAGGGAUGUACGAGUAUGUUGAUGCAUGGGAAUGCGAUAAUUGCGGAUUUGAAUACAUCUUCAGACCUAGCGGAACUAGCAGUGACAUGUUGUGCUUUAAUGUCCUAUGCCUGGGAAGAUUGCCCGGCCAUUACGAUUCAGUCUACAAGGCACGGGUCAGGAGAGGGGGUUGA